AUGCCUAAAAACAGGGAAAAACUGAGGCUCACAGGGAGAAACGAUAGUCCAGGGUACACCUGCGACUCGUUCUGUAUCAAAAUAGAGGCUCAUACGCAUCGGUAUCUGCAAAAAAGCUCGAAAUUCAGAAUCUGCUUCUCGGGAGCCUUAGGCAAACACCUACAAAUAACGCCGCUGGCUCUACGCCAGGACAUCCUCGAGCGUGAAUUCGUCCGUAUCCUCCUCGUCCUGCUCCUCCGCUUCCUCCAUAUCCACAGCCACCCAGGAAAACCACCUGCAACGGAGCGUCGAAAAGCGGUCAAGAAGCGCGCAGAGAUCGCGUCCGAUGUCUGGUUUAAACCGGACGAGUGGCGCGUCACUCGACCGUCCCAGAAGGCAGCAUCGUCGCACACGACUCCGUUCAACCUCAACCACUACGCAGAGUUCACGCUCGAGGAUGUCCUGGCGCAGUGGCUUUAUUUAAUGAGUCGCAGAUGUACCCUGGACUGUUGUUCCCCUUUUCAAGGAUUUACCCGUCGUUUCUCCCCUCCAAACGCUGAGGCGCGAUAUUUUCUAAGUGCUCGUUCACACGGUACCCCUCCUGCCAAAACCGCGACCGUUUUGCCCAGCCGUGGAUACGUGAUCUCAUCACCCUCUUUCGUCAGAACCGAGCUGGUUCACGAGCCUACGUUUAGUGUGACGCAAAAGAAUGUGAUUCUGAAGCUCGAAGCCCACCGCAUAUAUCCUCCCUCCGUAAAGCUCUCGGCCGCCCGCAUCCUCCCUCCGUUAGACCCUCAGUCGCCUGUAUCCUCCCUCCGUUAG